AUGGGAAUUGCAAGCAAGAGUGGAGUUAGAAAAUUGGGAAGGGCGAAGACGUUUACUGGAUGCUGGACAUGCAGAGGAAGGAAAGUUAAGUGUGAUCUUCGGCAUCCCCACUGCCAAAGAUGCGAGAAGUCUAAUUUGCCCUGUGGUGGGUACGAUAUCAAACUCCGGUGGUCUAAACCUAUGCAAUUUGACCCGUACGGUGUCCCAAUCUCACAAAGCUCUCCAGCAACAACGACGAACCUAUCAGGUAGCGUCGAUGAACAACAGUAUCAGCGACGGAAUAUUGAUUUUGUACGGUACGAUGAAGAGUAUGUGUACCAUGAAGACAUGGAUGAUGAAUUAACAAUGUUGCAUACCCCUCCCAUUGAUAAAAUAAGUGAUGAGAAGACGUGGAUCUUGAAGAAAUUUGGGGUCUUUAAAGGAACAGACAAAGUUGACAAGCAAUAUGCCCCAAGGAAAAAGCGCAAUAGGAGAAGAACUACGAAAAAUUUGGAAAACUCCGGCCCAAAUUCCUUGUCCUCAUCGCCGUCUUCUUCGACCUUGUCCCUGUUGACCAAGCGUACUGACGACAAGACGAAGAAUAAAGGUCAUAUUGGGACAGGUAUACUCUCUGUCAAUAACACGGUACCGCCAACGCCGAAUCUCCUAGAUUAUGACUGGAACAAUCUAAAUAUAACGGGUUACGAGUGGAUCUCGAGUGAGCUUAGAGAUGAUGCGUUGCUGUCCGCAGUGACCCUUCAGGGGCAUCAUCUAGGCCAGGUACAACCGCACGAAGUGUCGUUGGAGGAAAAUCCCAAAAUUUCAACCGAGCAGCAACAAAUGCACUCUAAGGAACACAGUCGUGGAAUUGAUUCCGACAACCAAAGUUCAACGACGCCGCUUAGUAAAGAGGCUACAGCAAAUGAUAAACUGUACCACCAAAACUUGAAAUUAUUAUUGCAGAAAAAUUCUUCAAACAACGAAGAACUCGAUCCCCAGGCUUUGAUUGAUGAUAUCUUUGUCAACAUUGAACCAAGAUCACUACCAGCGUCUGAUUUGAACAAAAUAACCUUAGCUCCCCCCAAUGAUGAGUCAAGUAUGCCCAAAUCCAUGCUAGAAAUCACAUCUUUUUCUUCUGACCUACCAUCAGAAUUGAUGGAUAUUAUACCCAAAACGGAUCUUACUGUGCAUGGUUUGGCGAGGUUCCUUUUGAAUCAUUAUUUUAACGACGUGGCAGAUAAAAUGACAGUCUUCGUGCUUGAAAAAAACCCAUGGAAAACUUUAUAUUUCCCCAGAGCUUUGAUGGCUUUAGGCGAUCUAGCAGGGUUGGGCCAAUCUUCCAACUCGAGAAACGCGUUGCUGAAUGCCCUUUUAGCAGUCUCUUGUUUUCAUCUACAAAGCAAGUAUCCUAGAAAUUACAAAUUGCAAAAGUAUUUUUUAAGUCUAGGUAUCGAGUUAAGAAAUCAAGCUUCACAUUUUUUGAGACUGUGCUUAAAUACCAAGUCAAGUAUACCUGAGAAAUAUAAAGACGUGCUGACUGCAAUUUUAUCAAUGAAUUCUAUUGAUGUUGUAUGGGGGACAAUGGCGGAUUGCCAACACCACUUGGCCAUUUGUGAAGACUUUGUUGAAUCAAGAAUGAAAUUAAGACCCAAUAUUUCCGAAAAGGCAAAAACCUUACAUCGAAUUUUCUCAUUUUUGAAACUAAUACAGGAUAGCACUGCCUUGGAUAAAGUCAGGGCUAAAGAAAUUGUAAUAUUACCAAGUGAAGAAGAUGACCAAUAUAAACCAUUAGACAUGUCUAAUGCUGCUGUAUCUGAUGAUGUGGCAAAAAUUGACAUCAUGCAAGAAGGACUAUUCAGAGAAGCUCUUGACGAAAACGACGGUAAAAUACACAUCGAGUUCGUUAAGGAGCCUGUUGCGAACACGUCGGCUGAUUCCACCCCAUCUUCCACCACCCCCCCCAUUUUUACUAAUAUAGCGACGGAGACUUAUUAUAACAAAUCUAACCUCUCUAAGCUGUUGCCGAAAGGUGAUGAAAACAUAAUAGGGACAGAUUCGCUUUAUGGAUUACCAAACUCGUUAAUAUUAUUAUUUUCGGAUUGUGUUCGGAUAGUAAGGCACAAUGAAUAUUAUAACUUGACAUACUUACCUGUACCAAGAAAAUUCAACGAACUCUCACUGAAUUUUGAGAAAAGGUUACUAAAAUGGAAGUCAGAAUGGAAUUUUUAUGAAGAAAAUUCUGGGGGGAAAAGCUUUAUCAAUUCAACGGCCGAAGCGCUAUACCAUCACACGAUGAGCUUUUACUUCAGUUUGAUUAUUUACUAUUUUACGAUGGCAAGAAGUUUGAAUUGUCAAUUCUUGCAAAAUUAUGUGGCUAAAGUAUUGGAUCACCUAAAUUCCAUGGAUGAGUUAGUGAAACAAAAGAAAGUGAAGAUCGUUCCUUUGAUUUGGCAAGGAUUUAUGGCGGGUUGUGCCUGUACUGAUGAAAUCAGGCAGCAAGAGUUCAGAAAGUGGGCAGCGAAAUUAGCUGAAAGUGGGAUGGGCUCCUAUUGGGGGGCUAGGCAAGUGAUGCUAGAAGUUUGGAGACGACGGAAAGAGGACGAACCAGGCGAUAAUUGGUAUUCUAUUUAUAAAGAUUGGGAAAUGAAUCUAAUGCUAUCAUGA